AUGUUCGACAACGAGGAGGCUGCGUUGGCGAUGUGUGACCUCAACGAUUCCGAAUCCGCAGUUGAGCAGUCGGAGAAAAUCAAAGACUUUGCCAACACGUUUUUCAAAAAUGGUCAUUAUGGACUUGCGGCAGCGUAUUACACUAUGGCUAUCGACCACCACCCUACGGCCGUGCUCUACGCCAAUCGUUCGAUGGCCCAUCUUCGGAGGGAGUUGUAUGGAUCUGCUCUUGAAGACAGCUCAACGGCUAUAGAGUUGGACCCAACCUAUAUCAAGGGCUACUAUCGGAGGGCUGCAGCCAACAUGGCACUUGGUCGUUACAAGAAGGCGCUGAAAGAUUACGCAACUGUCGUCAAGGCUCGGCCUAAAGACAAGGACGCGGUCGCGAAGCACUCUGAGUGCUCGAAAAUUGUCAAGCGAAUUGCUUUUGAACGUGCGAUCGCCACAGAUCACGGAAAGAAAGUCGACUUCGAUGUGAUUGCCUAUGAUGCCAUCCCUGUUGACGACAAGUAUCAAGGUCCGCGUUGGGAAGGUGAUCUUUCCGCAGAAUUUGUGCUGGAAAUGACGAACCAUUUCAAAAAGCAACAAGCGCUGCAUAAAAAGUAUGCUUACAAGAUACUUGUCCAUAUUUACGAGUUCUUCAAGAAACAACCCACGCUAGUUGAUAUCAAAGUUGCCGACGGCGAUAAGUUUACGAUCUGCGGCGACGUUCACGGGCAGUUCUAUGAUCUAUUGAAUAUUUUUGAAAUUAAUGGUCGUCCCAGCGAGGAGAAUCCUUACUUAUUCAAUGGUGACUUCGUUGAUCGUGGCUCCUUCUCGGUUGAGACGAUUUUCACGCUCUUUGCGUACAAGCUCCUCUAUCCGAAUCACUUCUACUUGUCUCGUGGUAACCACGAAAGUGAUACCAUGAACAAGAUGUACGGUUUCGAAGGUGAGGUGAAGCACAAAUUCUCGGAUAGCGUGGCCGUAAUUUUCACUGAAGUUUUCUGUCAUCUUCCGUUGUGUCAUCUUAUCAACGAAAAAGUCUUUGUCUGUCAUGGUGGGCUCUUCAACCACGACGGAGUUACGUUGGACGACAUCCGUAAUACGGAUCGAGUCCGCCAGCCGCCCGAUGAGGGUAUUAUGUGUGACUUGCUCUGGUCUGAUCCACAGCCCAUCGAUGGUCGCACCCCCUCCAAGCGUGGCGUCGGAUGUCAAUUUGGGCCCGAUGUUAGCCAGAAAUUUUGUGAGAAAAAUGGCAUCAGCUAUGUUGUGCGUUCCCACGAAGUCAAGCCGGAAGGUUUUGAGAAGCAUCAUGAUGGCCGAGUCUAUACCGUCUUCUCAGCUCCAAACUAUUGUGAUCAAAUGGGCAACAAGGGCGCUUUCAUCAGGCUUCAAGCCCCUGCUUUGACUCCCCGCUUUACCUCAUUUUCGGCCGUGCCGCAUCCUGAUGUUCCUCCUAUGGCACCAUCGACCCAUGAUAAUCCAGACACUUGUAUCGGUCAUUGUGCUCUUUCCUUCGUGGAAUCAAUUGGUACACAACUUGGACCAGAGCGCGCCGUUUCUUUACUCCAACUCAACUACAAUGAUUUUCUCCGGGCCUUCAGCAACACUACCUUUUUCGAAACCUUCUGCGGGAUCUACCAUAAUUUCCAAAAUUGCGCCUCGUCUUGCGAACCGGGUUACCUGCACCAAAUGUUGAUGCGCUCUUCAGAGAUUAUUGAUCAUUACUGUGUUUAUAACAGAAAAGCUAUCGCCACCAAAUUCCCGUGUCUUAGCCGAAUUGCACCAUCUGAAGACUGCUUGAAAAGUUGUACCUCUCAUCACAGCGCUGUCACAUCACUUAUCGGUAAUUUCAGGCACCUCGCGAUGAGCGGCGAUACCUCGCAGGCCGAAAAAUAUUUGGAAGAGGGUUGCGAAUAUGUGAUUUGUUCGCUCCACUGUGAUGUGCCGACCAUCGCCCAUACAUGUGAUUUUGACACGGCAAAUUUGGUGAUCAACCUGACACGCAGGAGUUUCGACUCGAUGGAAAGUCUCUCACUGGACAUGGGAGCACUGAAGAAGUGGCCAAAGAUGUGCGAAGACAUUCGAACCUACCGUUUGCCACAACCACAAACCGCGCCCACGCAAGUGGAAGUGAUUGCGGCAGCACCGAUCGUCCCGACCACCCCGCUUGCCGACGACGUCCCCAAGCAGGCGGCGCCCGUUGUCCAGAAUGGAGCCGUUGUCCCAACUCUCACCCCACUUACCGUAUACCUUUUAGUGCUUAUUGUUGCCAUCGUCUGGCGAUAC